AUGGCGUCUCCAAUAUCAUACAUUCCAGAGCCACAAGAGAGGGCUUACUACGAAGGCCUCUUUCAAGCAGCCGAUGUCAAAAAGACGAACAACAUUGGUGGUGGCGAAGCUGUCCAAUUCUUCAGUCGUUCCAAACUCCCCAUGGAAGUAUUGAAGAACAUUUGGACCGUAGCGGAUCAACCUUCUACUUCUAGCUUGAAUCGACAAAAGUUUGCCGUGGCCAUUCGACUCAUUCAAUUGACUCAAAAUGGUACCAAGGGACAAGGAGCCAACUUGGCGACAGCACCGGGAGUGACGCUACGACCAGCCUUUUUCGACGGUGUGAGUGGAGUCUCGGUCCAAAUGCCACCCGCACCAGGAGCUCCUCCGCCCCAACAGCAGCAACAACAAGCACCGCCAUCGCCUGGUGCUUCGACCCGCAGUGGAUUGUCUUCGGCCAUUCCACCACCACCUGGAUCGGUUGCUUCGGGAUAUGCUCCUCCAAGUGCUUCUGGAGGGAGUACAGGAGGUUUCAACAAUGCCUUGGUACCACAAGAUCCGUACUCCAUGACUCCACAAGAACAGGGAAGAUACGAGGCUCUCUUUCCGCAGUACGCCAAACCCGAUGGAUUUAUGUACGGCAAGGAGGCUGUGGAUCUGUUCAUGAAGUCAGGUGUCGAUGCACAAGCCUUACGCGAAAUUUGGAACAUGACGGAUCGUCCAGUGGAUAAUCGAUUGGACAAGGUCGAGUUUGCCAUUUGCAUGCACUUGAUUGUUUGUAUUUCCAAAAAGAAUCUCCCGGCACCUCAAGGACAAUUGCCACCCUCUCUUCGUGCUCUCAAAAGUCCACCACAGCAGCAGCAGCAAGGCCAACAAGCACCACCGCCAUCAAUGUCAUCGAUGCCACCACCGGCUGCUGUCAUGCCCCCACCUACUCCCGCCCAACAACAGCCACCGGCAUUGCAACCAACAUUGCAGCCAUCUGGUGGAAUGAGCAUUUCGGAUGCCUUUGAAGGCAUGAAUAUGGCUACUCCUGCUCCAGAACCUGCUCCUGCGCCUACUCCUGCAUUGCCGUCCUAUGUUCCUGAAGAGCAACAAGCACCACCACCACAACAACAGCAGACAAUGCCAGCUCCCACCAUGGCUGCCGCUGGAAUGGCCGCCAUGGGAAUGGCAGCUGCCGCGGCGCCUUCCAUGAUGGAACCCCCUGCACCAGCACCAGCAGUGGAGACUAUUCCAGAGCCGGCUCCAGUAAACACCAAAGAUUUGGCCAAGAAUUAUCAAAUGGGUGACGAAUCUCAAGAAUUGUCCAAACUCAAGGAUGUUUUGCAAAAAUUGCAAGCCGAGAACAUUUCUCUCAAGGCUCAAUUGGGUAGCAUGACGGAAGAGGAAAAGGAAGUUCACGCGCAAUUGGGAGGCACUAUUGCGGAGAUUGGAAACUUGUCCCAGCAAUUGCAAGGAUUGCGAGUCCAAGUGUCCGAUGCCAAGACCAAAUUGUUGGAGGCUAGUGGCAAGUUAAAGGCUGCACAAGAGCAAAAAGGUGUAUUAAGUGAUUUGAUUACUGAAGCCAACGCUACCAAAGAAGCCAUUGAGGAAGCUACCGCAUCGAUUGAAAAUGUAACCGAAGCUAGUGUCCAGCAUCAACAAAUGGCGGCGAAACAACAACAUGCGGCAUUGCAACAGAAUAACAACUUUGAAAGCAAUUUGUUUGGCUUUGAAAACGCUCCAGAACCCGCAGCAGCUGAUCGUGGCCUUCCAGAACCCAGUUCCAUGCCUGCUCCUGGCGGUAUGAUGGGAGCCCCGCCAGGCCAAGAUGGUGGUUUGCCAGCGCCAGAUAGCUUUGGAACGCAAUCAUUCGACUCUGGAUUGCCACCCCAAACGGAAGUUCCAUUGGCGUCGUCAACCGAUGGUGGUUCCAUGUUCAACCAACCUGCUUCUUCGCCUCAAGGUGGAUUGGGAGGAUUCCCCGAUAUGGCGCCCAGCGGCAGUACCGAUUCAGGAUUUCCACCACAAGAAGUAGCACCUCCUGCAACUGGUGGAACCAAUCCAUUUGGUGACGAACGAUCUGCUUUCUCUGCCCAUUCCAAGUCUCCAGUACCUGAACAGGAGGCACCAGUCGAAUCGUCUUCUCAAGCUUCCCUUCCUGAAACUUCGCAACCAGCUCCAGCACCAGCCCAGCAAUACCAAUACCAACAGCCACCACCCGCAGCUGAUUCGGGUGGCAAUGCCAUUCCUACUCCCAAUGGGGCCCAAUCGUAUUACCAAAUGCCACCACAGGGUCAGCCAGCACCGCAAUCCAUGCCUACUCCCCAAUCGCAACAAGGUUACAUGAUGCCACCAGGCGGACAGCCAAUGCCAUACGCCAUGCCUACUCCCCAAUCGCAACAAGGGUACAUGUCACAGCAGCCAACACCUACCGGUAUUGCUACCCCCAACUACGGUUUGGCUCGACCCAGUGUUGAUCACAAUCGCAAGGAAUCUGUUGGCGGAUUUGGUAGUGACUUUGUCAUGGGCGGUUUUGCACCACCACCCGGAGCUGGAGGUGGUGUCUAUGAUGCAGCCGCUACCGCAACAAGUCACGCUGAAACAAGCCAGACGGUCGACUCGGAAGCAGCGGCCAAACUCGAGGAAUUGAAGAAGAAGUACAAGUCAGCCCAAGAAAUUGCCAGUGAUGCGGCGGCAACCCACAUCAAAUUGGCUCAAGAAGCUGAUGAACUGCGAGGAGAUGCCGACAAGGCUGAAGCCAAUGCUCGUAGCUUGCGUGCCUCGGCUGAUGAGAAGAAGAAGGGACGUUUUGGUAGUUCUGGCAAGAAAAAGGCAUUGAACAGAGAUGCCGACAAUGCAGCACAAACGGCCAACGAUCUCCGCAAGCGAUUCCUGGCGAUCCAAGGGCAAGCUUCUGAUGCUUCAGCUGUUGCCAUGGAAACCAAACGCGAGGCGGAAAAACUGAAGGAAGCUGUCGAGAAGGCUGAAAUAGACAUGGCUUCUGCCGCCUCGAUGCAAGAUCAAAAAGCGGAACAAGCGAAGCAAUCUGCGGCAGCUGGCGCCGCAGGAGCUCCUCCAGCUGGAUAUCCCCAACAACAGCCGUAUGGAGCAUAUGGAUACCCACCACCCGCUGCCAAUGGCUAUCCACCAGCCGCGUAUGGGGCACCACCCGCGGGGUACGGACAACCACCCGCUGGAUAUGGUGCUCCUGGUCAAGUUCCAGGAUAUGCCUACGCACAGCCACCACCACAAUACCAAGCGCCGUACGAAGGGGAUCCAGGAUUCCCAAGUUCACCUUACUAA